GGGAAGAUGGGGAGAGCCCCUUGCUGUUCCAAGGUGGGGCUGCACAGAGGGCCAUGGAGUCCAGAAGAAGACGCUCUGCUCACCAACUAUAUUCAAUGCCACGGGGAAGGAAACUGGAGGUCUCUUCCUAAAAACGCAGAUUCUUCUCGAUGUUAUUUUCAGUAGGAAUGGAAGCUAUCAUAUGAUGAGAUGCUGUAAAUGAUCCAAGAAGCUAUCACUUCUUGCUGUUGUCUAUGCUACUGAUUUCAGAACCUUUUCUUCUUGUUUCAGCUCAAUCUUCUGCUGUAUAUAUUUAGACUUCCUCUUCCAGAGUGCAGUAUCAAUUGUUCCAUAGUUACAAUCAUCAUCAUGCUGACUGGAUCAUAUAUAGAAUAACCGCUUUGCAUUUUUCUGCUGGAUCUUUUCCUCCUUGAUCCGAAAUAAAGGUCGGGUGGCGCAUCUUAGGCAUCCCUUAUCCUCAAAUAAAAUAGAAUUAAAAUAAAAUCUAGGGCCUUAUAUGGGUAAUAGAGUUAGUAUUAUUACAAUAUUAAUGACCCUUUGGUCAAAAAAAAAAAGGACAAUAUUAAUGACCUUCUAUGGGUUACUUAUUAGAAUGAAUCACCCAUUUUGUUGGCUAGUAAUGGGAAACACUUUUGAGGAAUUAAUAUCAUUAAAUCUGAAGACUUUUUGACUUCCAAUUAAGUUCCAUCUUUCUAAUAGAAUGUAGGAUGCAAAUGUGGACUCCCUCUCACAUAAACACAAUGGAAGAUGUAUCACUUAGAGAAGGAAAACAACGGAAGAUGUUCUAUUCUUCUUAAGAAAAGUCCAUCAAUUCAUGCAUGUAGGAAGGUCUUCUUAGAUGUGGAAAGAGCUGCAGACUGAGAUGGAUGAACUAUCUGAGGCCUGACAUCAAGCGUGGCAACAUCGGGCAAGAUGAAGAAGAUCUCAUUAUCCGACUUCAUUCAUUGCUCGGCAAUAGAUGGUCUUUGAUAGCUGGAAGGCUGCCCGGUAGAACCGAUAACGAAAUAAAGAAUUAUUGGAAUAGCCAUCUCAGUAAGAAGCUCAAAAGGCAAGGAAUUGAGGUUAGAGAAGGGACCUACAAAGGUACAUCAAAACGAGCCCGGCCGAUAUCACAAAAAAGGAGUGACAGCGUUAACAAGAGUAAUAACCAUAACAGCAAGAACCAACAAGACAAAGGAAAGAAGAAGAAUAAAGGGGAAGACACUGCAGAGAUUACUGGGACCAAAGUCUAUAUUCCAAAGCCCACAAGGUUCACACCAACCUUGAGGAACUGUAAUCUGAUUGAGAAUGGUGGCGUAUCUGAAGUUCCUAAGACUGAAAGUGCUGCAUCACAGGAAGAGAAAGGAGAUACUAGCAUGGAGGCCCAAACCAACGAUUUGGAAAUUAAUUGGUAUGACAUCAAGGAAGGUGGCUUUUUCUUUGAAGAAGAUGACCCAAACCAUGUUCUAGCUUUUGAUUUCCCCUCCAAAGAUAGACUACUUGAAGGGCUCUACCAAGAGUACUACGAGCUCUUGAACUCGGAGGGAAAUCAGGCGCAGCUGAAUUCUUAUCCUGAUCAGUCCUUGGUUCUGUGGUGACUGAUGAGGAAGAGGAGAGAACCACUGUAAAAGUGAGCGAUCUCAGGCACACCUUCUAUUCCUUCUCUAUGUUAGAAUUGCCAGCCAUAAAAUUGGCUCUUCGUGUUGUGUAAUUCUGCCGACUCUGCCUAGGCGCGCCUUCUAUUCCUUCUCUAUGUAAGAAUGGCCAGCCAUAAAAUUGGCUCUUCGUGUUGUGUAAUUCUGCCGACUCUGCCUACUCCGUACACUGUCAACAUCUUCAAAUCUAUUUAUCACUAUAUUUAAUAUA